CUUGAAGUCGACUGCACAAUUAUUGUAUACUUGCUAGUGUUGAUAAUUUGAGCACUUAAUUAUAACAAAGGUUGUAACUUUCAUAAGUUCAAUAGCAUUGAUUAAUUUACCUUCCAUAUAAUAAAAUAUAUUUAAACAUAUUUUGUGUAAAUACAUUUCUCUGUUUCUAAUAUUUUGAUUAAUUAAAAAUGGCUGUUGAUUCUAAAUAUGCACAUUUAAAAGGAAUUGCUUAUGAUCAACCUGAUGUCUAUGAAACUUUUGAUUUGCCUGAAGAUGACCAACAACUUGAUUAUGCAGAAGAGGAUAAUGAAGAUAUUAGUCGCAUUAAAGUUGAACCAACUGAAGCAUUUAAACGAUUUAAAGAUGAAGUUCUAAGUUCAGAAAAUAUUGAUUUUUCUGAUAAAUUGGGUAGAUCAUUAAAAACUGGAUAUAAAUCAAAUGAACAUUGGGAAUUAGCAGCACAUGGAAAAAAAGAAACCCCAUUAGAAAAAUAUUAUAGAUUGAAGUUGGAAACUGAAGAAUUGGUUCAAGAAAUUAAUUCGUUGCAGGAAAAUAAAAAUGACCUCGAUGAACAGUCCUGUGCUAACAUAGGAUCUCAAGUGCAAUCAGUUUUACUAAAAUUAUCUACAUUGAAUGUAGAAAAGUCUUUAGAACAACAAUUAGGAAUGUUAGGAGCGUCUGACAUUGAUAAUUUGCAAAAGUACAUAGAGACAGUUACUGAAUUGUUAAAAAAACAACCAGAUAUUAAUGAUAAAUCACAAGUUACUAAGGAAAAUGUUUCUCAGGCAUUGAAUUUCCAAGCUCUUAUAAGACCUAAUAGAGCACAACUUGAUCAAGUGUCUCAAAUAUCUCGACUGGAAGAACGUUUGCGUAAAUUAGAAGGAACAGUUGGUUCUGGUGCUUUAUCAUUAAAACGGUUAGGUAUUUGCGAGAAUGGUGGUUUAAUUGAAGCAGUUCGUCUAUUAUUAGGACAACUGUCUGUUCUAGAUUCAUCUCAAUUAGAUGCAGUCGAUACUCGAGUUUCUAAUUUAUUACCUAAACUUGAACAAACAGCUGCAAAAUUAGAUGGUCAAGAUAAUGAAAAAGACAAAAAAAUAAAUGAACUUUAUGAAACAGUUCUUAAAGCUAAAAAAGAAGCACAUUUAUUACCAGAUGUUCUACAAAGGAUGGUAGCAUUAGAAUCAUUGCACCAAAAAGUUGGAAAAUUAGUUGUGACAAUUAGCAACCUGAAUGCCCAACACGCAGAAAAUUAUCAAAAUAUUGAAAAAAAUGGAGCAUUUCUUAAAACUAUUGAAUCUCAUAUAAACGAAAAUAUGAUAAAAAUUAACUCUAAUUUGCAAUCAUUAAACACACGAGUGGAAGUUGUUGCAGAGAAAUUGAAAAAAUCUGGAGAUAAAUCCUAAAAUUAAAUCGAAUGAAAUAUUUUUGAAAUAAAGUUUACAAAUUCAAUACAAUGAUCAUUUUAUUUAUUUACUUUAAUUAAUUCACAAAAUAUAAUGCUUACUUAAUGUUCAUGCUUUACAAGUUGAGAUAAUUUUAUUAUUUAAUAUAUUUUACAUUGCUAUUUUAUUUUAAA